AUGCACGACUCAACGACCCGUCCUACACGAAUCAACGACCCGUCCUGCACGACUCUCAACAAACCUCCCCCACGUCAACUCCUCAACAAACCUCCCCCACGUCAACUCCUCAACAAAUCUCCCCCACGUCAACUCCUCAACAAACCUCCCCCACAUCAUCUUAAACGAAAAGCCACGGACUCGUUGUUCCUUCUGGCUAUUGUCAUAACUCUCGACUCCAUCAAGGUAUUCGCAGAAUCUGUUUCUGAUGUGUUCCAAAUCCGUCUUUACAGGAACAUCUUCACUGACCGCCGUGCCAUGGAGUCUCUUAAGACGCGCGAAUUCCUUGUUAAGGACGCCAUCGAACCCGUCGGCCGGUGGUCAACUUUUCAUGACAGUUCCCUUGUGUUAGAAGAAGUUGCCUCACUCCUUGCAAUACGAUCGUCAUACAUACCUACUAUCAGAAAGAAGGAUAACAUAAUCUUCAAGGCUUUCUGCAUGGCUAAUGAUGACAAUGCAAGAUCCCUCCGGUCACCGUCUAAAAUUUCUAUUCACCCUGAGGAAAUCACCGACACAACAUCAUCUUCAUCCACUAUCAACAAGUCACUUACAACUCGACUUUCAACACCAGUACAAGAAUCUGCAAGAGCAGCUACCCCCGCUACACCAUUAUUCGACGAACUUCCUGCACCCGCCCAUUUAUCCCCGCUUCCUUCUUGCACUUCUACUCUUCAAGUUAUUCCUCCAGCGACACCAAACUACGCUCCACCUUCACCCCUUCAAGAUGAUCACCAAACACCUGUUCCUGCUUCUCCUCUUCAAUCCAACACACUUCAAGAUCUUCCUCCAGCAACACCAAACUACGCUCCACCUUCACCCCUUCAAGAUGAUCUCCAAACCCCUGUUCCUGCUUCUCCUCUUCAAUCCAACACUCUUCAAGAUCUUCCUCCAGCGACACCCACUCCACUAGCCCAAGAUAAGUUAUAUACAAUUGCCACUCCCACUCCAGCUGCCAACAUGUACAAACCUACUCCAUCUGCAAAACUGCUUAGAUUUAAAGCUCGAUCCAUGCUCGUUGAUGGAAACAUGCCUCUCUUCCCUUCAGCCAAGCGAGACUGGGCAACAGUUGAAGAAGAGUCCAUACUUCUUUUUCCAAAUCUUGUGUGGCCCCCCAAGAAUUGGCGAAGACUCACCCCUGAUCAGCGUCUUCUGGUUGUGGAAUUCGCCAGCAUGUCCCUUACACAGACUGAAAACAAUUCUUCACUCCUUCUUCCAGAGGGAUCGUUCUUGAUACACAACUUCCACUUUCUUGUGCUCCCCGGCUCUGCAUGCUUUCCCCUGGAUAAUAAGGCAAAGGCCCGACUCUACACUUAUCAAUCUCUUCUGGACAUCGCGAAUGGAAAGGACCAGUCCCCGUUUGCUAAUCAGACAGAUCUUCUGAAGGCUCUAACUCCUCUCUUCAAGAAGUCUUCAACGCUCCUGGAAAAAAUCAGUCAAAUUCCUGUUAGAAUAUCAGUCUAUGACCUGCUACCGUCACCCUCAAACCUGCACAGAUGGGGUCUACAGGACCACCCCAAGUGCCAAUUGUGUGACAAGACAGGAACCAUGGAACAUAUUCUGUCAUCGUGUACCACAGCCCUCACCCAAGGACGCUACAGGUGGAGACACGACAGUGUUCUUCAGGAACUCGCUGACAAGUUGGAGCGCGAGAGGACCAAGAAGAGGCCCAGACAGAAACCCCAAAUGAUUCAGUUCGUGAAGGAAGGACAAAAGGCGCCUAAAAAACUGCAGCCUACCAGUUCUGUAUAA